AUGCGGUUCUUUGUAUUCAGCGUUCUGUGCACCCUGCUACUGCUGGGCACUAUCACCUCGGCUUGGUCAUGGGACAACAACGUCGCGGUUGCCAGAGAUUCUCUUGACAAGCGUGCAGACAAAACCACCGAAACCACCGCGACCGAAACAGCCCCCUCUACCACUGCCUCCGACAGCACCUCCGAGACCGAGACCGGAAAGGACGCCAAGACUACCGACACCAACACCGAUACCACUGACACCAAUACCAACACCGACACCACUGGCACCAACACCAACACCAAGAGCACCAGUAAGACGAAGAGCAAGACAACCGCGACUACUUCCAUCUCGAUCAACCCUGCCGCCGGUGCCGGUGGCAUCUCCAUGAUCACCCCGGCCAGUACAUCCACAACAUACUUCCGGAUCGGACAGAAUGCGACUUUCGUCUGGAACUACACCUCGCUGUCCGUGACACCCUCGCACGUGAACGUUGUCGCCUCUUGUAGUCUGAACAGUGCCACCUACACCAUCACCCACAACAUGACUGUCAAGGAAACAGGAAAGGUCGUGUGGGAUACCAACGCAACCCAGACCGUCCCACUCCUUUCCGCGACCUAUACCCUGUUCGUCGUUGAUUCGGAAAAGGACCUCGACGACACUGCCAGUGCAGGCCACCUGAGCUCCAACAUCGGGUACAACUUUGGCAUGUACUUGUCCCAAGGCUACACUCCACUAAAUGAAUUCAAAUGCGCAACAUGCAGCGGGGCAUUGUCAGAUGUUCAACGCCAGGGUCUCAAGUUUGCCGUCGGUAUGGCCGCCAUCACGGUAGUUUCAUUUACUUGGUUUGUCGGCGGCUUGGGACUCUUCAAUUAA